GAUAUAUUCUCUAGCUGCGGGUCGUUAAUCAGACACGAUGAAUUACGCUACCUCAUGUGCAUUCUAAUAGUUCUAAUAUUUGGUGGAAAUAUAUUUUCAUUGUUGAUAAGAUUGCUUUUAACAGAUUCGAAAAGAGUUCAGAAUUUACUUAUCUGUAGUCUGUGCAUCAGCGACUUGCUAAUGGGAGUGUAUCUAAUUGGUAUAAUGUAUAAGGAGAUGAUCACACGCAAUGAAUAUUAUAAACACGAUUGGGAGUGGCGAAGAGGUCCUGUAUGUAAGAGUUUGGGUGCUAUUUCAGUGAUAUCUAGCGAGGUUUCCGUUUUCACAUUGGUCUUCAUAGCUUACGACCGGUUCCUCUAUGUAGUUCAUGGUUUGGAAUACAAAAAGUUGAGUUAUCGUACAGCUGUAUCGUUGCUUGUCAUUACAUGGCUAGCAUCAAGUGUUCUCGCAAUAUUACCCACACUAAAAGAAGUGGCAUAUUUCUACGAGAAUGGUAUGGAAAGUUUUUACGGAAGUGAUGGCAUCUGCAUGCCAUUACAGCUCGGGACACAUUCAACAGCUUGGCAGUAUUGCAUUGCGAUAUUUGGUGUGAUAAAUCUCAUUGCAGCGUUAUGUCUUAUCUUUCUGUAUAUACGCAUAUUUUAUUCUUUCUACAAAACAGCACAAGAAUCUACAAAUGUCACAGACGAUCAUCGAACUAUGGCCAAGAGAUUUGCAGUUAUUGUUCUUACAGGUAUGGACCAAAUACAUUGUUGGUGAAACCGCACUUCGGUACGCAGACCGCAGUGGUAUUCCUCAGGGCCCAGGCAUUCCUUUAAUUAAACGUGCGCGGAGCGCCAGAUUGGCUUUUUGAAUGACCCACAGGGGGCGUAGGAACCGGGGGCACUGGGGACGCGUGUCCCCCUCCCCAAUUUUUUCAAAAGACCAAAAGUGCUCUUCUUGUGAUGAAAAGUGCCCUUUUUGUACAAGCUAAUGUACGUUGCUAUAAAUACUAAAUUAACAUCAAAGGUGCCCUUUUUGUUUGGAAAUUUCGAUGUUUUCAAAAACAGCUUGGUCAAAAACGUGCAAUUUCGGUAUAGUAUGACGAGAAAAUUUUUCUUCCAAAAGUGCCCUUCCUAUACGCCCCUGAAUUGACCCAGAUCUCUGGAUGAGCUUUUGGUUCUUAUAUCAAUUAAAAUAUUGUUUAUAAAAUGAAAAAAAAAAAACACAAAAAUAUAUACAAAUUGGAAAAUAUACUUAUUUUCUUAAUCCAUUUGCAGGGAAAUUUGUUUACCAUAUAAUACGGCUGUUUUACCAAUUUUCUCACACGACCAUAUACAAAUUAAGUUGUACACAUACAAUCAUUAAGUUAAUUUCGUUACUGCAUUUAUAGAAGAACUUAUUGUUUCGCCCAGACAUUUUUUCCUAAUGCUUUUUUUCCCGGUUUUUAUCUCUGGAUCAAAAUCAAAUGAUGACAUUUGUGAUCAUGGUUCUCAAUCUGCCUCAUCAACUCUGCAAAAUGCGGGGUGAUCUUAUUGAAGCAUACAAGAUUAUUAACGGACAUGUUAACUAUGGCCAUCAAAUGUUUAACCAUAAUUUGCAUUAUAGUACUCGUAAUUUAUGCAAUGUAUCAUCCUGUAGGACCAGAUUUGCGUUAGAUUGUUUUAGCGUAAGAGUAAUUAAGUAUUGGAACAAUUUACCAAACUCUGUUAAGUAUGCACCUAGUGUAAACGCCUUUAAGGCAGGACUUGAUGAUCUAAAAAGUUAUAACCCGGAUUCUCGUCACGGAUAUUGGUAUUUAUCGCAAGAAAUCUUUAACAGAAUUCCGGAUAAGAAUGACCAUGUUACUUAUCUUAAAUUGCAUCCAGAGGUUGCUAUGCGAAGACAUAUUUCUUGUUUCUAAUUUUUAAUAAUUGUAAUAUAUAUUACUGUAAGAUUUGUAUUUCUGUAAUUUUCUUAGAUGCAUGAGUUGCCCAGAGAGGCAUAAUUAAAUCUUAUCUUAUCUUAUCUGCGUUUAAUUUAAUUCAUGUUUUUAUGUGUUUUUUUUCAGACGUAUGUUGCUGGGUUCCUGUUGCAUUACUCCUGUUUUUAUCUCUGCGAUCACAUUCAGAUAAUGAAAACUUGUAUGCAUGGUUCUCAAUCUGCGUUAUCCCUAUCAACUCUGCAAUCAAUCCUUUAUUGUAUACGUUUGGUGCUCCAACAUUCUGGAAUUCCGUGACGAAAUGGUUUACCAAACACUUCAGGAGCUGUAGAAAAGGUACAGCAACCAUACCACACCAGCACCAUGUACAGCAUUAAUUACCUUACUACUAAAACUAUAUCACAAUUAACAUACCAUACCAUAUAUACAGCAUACACACUGAGAUGAUGCAAAUGUAGAGUCUAUGGUAAAUAUCAGCAAUUGGGGCAUCGCAGGAAAUUUUGGGAAUCGCAUGCAGUGAAUUUUGGGAAUCGCAACUGCUACUGGUUAGGUGGGGGGGGGGGGGGCUUUUAUUAUCCUUACUUGCAGCUGAGAGCUAAGUUGAAUUGCGAAAGACACAUGAGCUCAACGUGAUCGAGUGGAAGGCUUUCUAGAGGCGCCUCUGGCAGCCACCUUAUGAGUUAUUACUCAUGUCUGAUCACGGAGCAUGCACAGCUACGAUGGAAGGGUUAGUUUAGGGCUAAUCCCAGCUUAGGAGCUAAUCCCAACUAACCCUGUCAAUAUUCCCGUGGGAAGAAACCAGAGUACCUGGAGAAAACUCACGACUUUCGGCAGAGCGUUGACUGACUCUUUUCACAUGGAUAUCAAUGUCCACAAUGGGAAUCGAACCCACGAUAUCAGAGGUGAUAAAGGCGCGCGCUCUGACGAUUGCGCCACCGAAUCCUCCUAAUAAAUGUAUAAAAUUUACACUCGAAAUUUCCAUCUACAAACUUUCAACAAGGUGGGAAAAAGCCUCCAUAUGAAACAUUUAUCCCACUUGACUGAGAUCCCACCUGGCUCGUUUCUCAUUCAUAUGAACUUGCUGUUGAAAUUUACAUACGUUAAUUUAUGCGAAUCUCACUCAGGUGAGUUUUUUUCAUAUGGGCAAGCCGUGAUAAACCUUUGUCCUUUGCACAUGAUGUGUUUGCUAAAUUUCGUUCCUGCAACUACGCUUACUACUACUUAAUGUUAUAUUUCUAUUUUCUUCUUGACCUUCCUCUCGUCGUUUACCAAUUACCACUUUGGACAUGUCUUUGGCAGGUGUGUCCAAACUAUCUUAGUCUAUUUUUCUAAGCCUUUCUGUGAUGCUACAAAUAUAUAACUCAUUUCUGGUAUCAUCACAGAAAAGCUUUGGGGAAAGAAUCGUAUCAUAUCAUACCAGGAUUUUUGAUGUACUUUCAUUGAUACGAUGAUAUUUGUUUUUACAGGUUGGUUCAAAAUAAAUACGGAUGGUUAA